UCUACAACAAGGCAUCUUCAUUUUCUUUAACCACUUCACAAAGACUCCUGAGUCUCGCCGCCAACAUCUAACGUCUAGUUAGCCACGACGCACCAGAGUCUCCGGUGUCCACUACUGCACCGUAUCAAACCACCUUUCUCUCCUUUUCAGAGUCCUUUCUUUCCCGGUCUUUCAGAGAGGAGAGCCCUUUCCUUUCCUUGCUUUCCCGUUAAGGAAUCCUAUUCGGCUUCUCCUUCCUUCUCAGUUUUUCCCUCUCUGAAAACUCUUUCCUUCUCUAAAAAUCCAAGCUUUACAAAGCCACUGACAAUCCCAAUUCGCUGUGGGUUGCUAUGCUGUAGCGAUCACAGUGGGGAUUUUAUUUGGACGUGGUCGAGAUUGAGCCCAGCCAUGGAUUGGGCCACUCUUUUUAUGAAGAUGGAUGCUUCAGUUGAUUCCAUUACUCUAUUUGUGGUGCUUCUUUGCUUUUGCAUUGUGAUUGGUCAUCUUCUGGAGAAGAGUCGUUGGAUGACUGAAUCCGUUACUGCCCUUUUCAUUGGUCUUUGUACUGGGAUUUUUAUUCUCGUAACGACCAAGGGGAAAACCUCACACCCCUUUGUGUUUGAUGAACAUCUUUUCUUCAUAUAUCUUCUGCCGCCUAUUAUAUUUAAUGCUGGAUUCCAGGUGAAAAAGAAGCAGUUUUUCCAGAACUUUAUCACAAUCUCCUUGUUGGGUGCUGUUGGCAGUUUGAUAUCAUUUGUUAUUAUAUGGCUGGGUUCGACAUUCUUGUUAAAAAACUUGGACAUUGGUUUCCUUGAGAUCAAGGAUUAUCUAGCACUUGGAGCUAUCUUCUCGGCUACAGAUACUGUUUGCACCCUGCAGGUGCUUAAUCAAGAUGAGACACCUUUACUGUACAGUCUAGUCUUUGGAGAAGGUGUUGUAAAUGAUGCUACAUCUGUGGUACUCUUCAAUGCAAUCCAGCGGUUUGAUCUCUCCCACAUUACCUCAACCGUUGCCAUGGAGCUCUUUGUCAAGUUCUUCUAUCUCUUUCUAACAAGCACCGUGCUUGGUAUAGUUGUUGGAUUGCUGACUGCAUACAUUAUAAAAAAGUUGUAUCUUGGCGGGCACUCUACUGAUCGUGAAGUUGCACUGAUGAUUCUAAUGGCUUAUCUUUCAUACAUGGUGGCAGAACUAUUGGAUCUAAGCAGCAUUCUUACUGUUUUCUUUUGUGGGAUUGUCAUGUCACACUACGCCUGGCAUAAUGUAACUGAAAAAUCAAGAAUUACAACCAAGCAUGGCUUUGCAACACUGUCAUUUAUUUCAGAGAUCUUCAUCUUUCUGUACGUCGGUAUGGAUGCCUUGGACAUUGAGAAGUGGAAAUUUGUAAGCAAGAGUCCUGGGAAAUCAAUCGGGGUCAGUUCGAUAUUACUUCUCCUGGUUCUGGUUGGAAGAGCAGCUUCUGUAUUUCCUCUAUGUUUCCUUUCAAACUUAACUAGGAAAUCUCAAAGUGACAAAAUUGGGUUUAAGCAGCAGAUAACAGUGUGGUGGGCUGGACUCAUGCGAGGUGCAGUAUCUGUGGCUCUAGCUUAUAAUUGGUUUACAAUGUCAGGGCAUACUCAACAGGCUGGAAAUGCUAUUAUGAUCACCAGUACAAUUACAGUAGUUCUCUUCACUAAUGUGGUGUGCGGAUUACUGACAAAGCCUCUUGUAAGGUUCUUGUUACCGCAACAUAAACAAUCGAGUAACAUAAUGUCAUCGGAAUUAUCAUCUGAGAUGUCUCUAGUUCUACCUGUCCUCACUAAUAGGGAAGAUCCAAAACAGGACAGCAUGUCUGAGAGUGAUCGCCUUCCACCUAAUCUGCGUAUGCUCUUGACAAGACCAACACGAUCAGUACAUUACUAUUGGCGAAUGUUUGAUGAUUCCUUCAUGCGUCCUGUAUUUGGGGGUAGAGGAUUUGUUCCACAUAUUCCUUCACCAAACCAAAAUUAUCUUCAUGAACGGUUACUUCCGGAACAGCAUACGAUAGUAGAGUAAUAUAUAACACAGCAGCUGCAAUUCACACUCCCAGUUUGUCAUUCUACACCACUAUUUUAAUAAAGAAGGAUUGCAGGAUAACAAACCGAAAGUGGGAAUAGCAUACCCUUAUAUAACUUCUUACUUCUUGAGCAAUAGUAUUAUUGGUCAGGCUUUGCACUGUA